UCGACACCUCAGUGGGAAAGACUCUCUCAAAACAGCAUGGAUUGCAGAUUGCAGUGCAUCGGUGUGAUACUUCUGUUGGUUGUUUUGGCAACACAUGCAUUUCUGGAAGAUUACUCACCCAUAAACAAGAGGCGUUCAAAAAGAGCGAUAGUGGAGACAUCGGAAUGCAAAAAAGAAAUAGAAAACGAUGGUAUGGACUUGAUUAACUACGGAAUGGAAGUGUUGACAAAGGGAGCGGUUAAGAAAAACCAAUGUGCAUUUGUUGAUUCACUAAAAUCUGUUUUUGACUUCUUACAACAACACCGUAACGAUAUAAAGCAAAGGAUAGCCGAGGCACUCAAAAAGAGGUAUCGGACUGGUUACCAAACUCUUAUCAAAAAAGCUAAAGACCUUUCCAAACUAGAAGACACUCUUGUUUAUAUGUACACAGAUGAUGAUAUCUACGGGGAUUUAAACUUUGCUCUUUCCCAACACAAAUGCACAAAAAAGACACUUGAACAAAAGGACAAAGAACUGGCACCUUAUGCAGCUGCCCUCUUUGCAACAUUACUAUACUGGGAAAAGUUGCCUGGAUAUAAGGGUAAAACCUAUCGUAUGAUUGGGAAUGUCAGAGGUGAUAUGACUAGCGCUCUUAAGAGUUAUCAAAAAGGAAAAAGCGUUGUAUUCCCAGCAUUUACAUCCUCUACCAAUCUCAUUAAUGCGGCGUUCAAUUUCAUAGGACAUUCUACAGACAACAACAUAUUGUUAAUCAUCGAUAAUUCGACCCCAAGUUUGUGGAGACCAAAAGACAUUCAGAAGUACUCAAAAUAUCCGACCGAGCGCGAGUUUCUGUACCCAUCAGUGGCUGAAUUUCAGAUUCUGUCGAAUCCUGUAAAGAAAGUAUAUGUUAAAGGAACCUCCUACUACGAAAUUCGUCUUCAAUUAGUCGGACAAAAAAGAAAAGAAGGUUUACUACAAAAACUACGAAGGUUUUGUCGUAUUUAAUAAAUUUAACUAACGACCA